AAAAGGUUGGGGCACCGGAUCUAAUAUGCUUAAUAGCAGCGUGGUGCACACUGGUCAGCUCUGUCGGCAAUUUCCAUGAGUAUAUGUUGGGUGACACAAAUUCUUGCCCAACCUGCGAGUUAGUAACUGGUACAAUGGAGGUUGUUAUCUGCGGCCCCUAUAUAGUUCUGAAAUGGCAAGAGUUCUUGCCCAAUAAGCUGCCAAGGCCAUUAAAGUCCUUGAUCACAUGGCGUCCUAACGUCUGGAUAUUCAGAGACACAGCCAUUCUUGUGAUCAUAUCUUAUCUGAUAUUACUGGACAUCAACUUGAGCUUCCUCUGGCUUUUCAUCUUUCCCGUCAUAGCCAUUGUUUUCAUACGAGCGGUCCGCUUCAAGUUCAGUCUUCCUACGUGCAGCAGCAAUCAUAAAGUUACUCACGGAUCUUCUAACGGCGCCGAGGAGACAAAAAUGAAAACUAAGAAGGUUGGGAUCAUAGUGAUCAUGACGCUCGGGGCGCUAUUGGGUAUGGACCAACUUCCAGACCAUGCAGCUGACGGGUUCGCCAUCUCCCAGUUCCUCAUUUUCCUAAGCUCCAUGGUGGCGGCACUGACGCGCAUGAUGAUGAAGCUGCGCGCUCGGGCCUCUUCGUUGGGCAUAGCAACAGCGUCGGAGAUGCUCCACAAGACCCUGCUUAUCCUUCUACUAGUGACGGCACACACGGGGGCCGCAGAGUGGCUGGGCGAGGAUCUUGUUCUUCUCUGCUUGCCAGAGGUCAUCCCUGUACUCGGCUGGUUCAUUCUUCACAUUGACCGUAAACCAGACAGCAGCUCCAUCAUCAGUGUCGACAAAAUGAAGGCACGCAUAAAUUGGCUUGGCUUGAUCGGUGCAAUGGUGGGUGUUUUCGCGUACCUGUUGUUCACCAUGGAUGAAUCCGGCCUCUUCGGUUGGUGUAUGACAUUCCAGGUGUCAUGUGGCGUCUCAGGGAUCCUGACAUGCUACCUCGUGUUCAUGCUAAACCACUGGACGAGGCAACAAGUUGCACCUGCUAGUAAGGAGGAUGGGGCUUCCGGUAUGCUCAAGUUAUGGGCAUGUGCUUUGCUGAUAGCGUGGGCUGCGUCGCUGCUGCUCGGGUAUCUGGUUUCCCGCCGGCUUGGCCUGCAACUACCACUGCAUGCGACAGCUAUGUAUGUUGGUAAUCUUUUCGGCUUUAAGUACUCACAUUAGCACUAUAUAUAUUGUUUAUGCAAUGUUGUGGCCUGUUUGUAAAAGUACACGGUGCUGUGAGUCUUGCAUGCACGGGCAUCAGUUAGCUAGUUGUAAAAAAAAAACCAAACAAUUUAGUUAAUACAACUAGCUAGGUAGUGUAGUGUACAAGUGUUGCACGUGUGCAUGCUACCGUGCUAGCACCUAAUAGUUGUACAUGUUGCGUGUAGCAGUACAGUUGGAGGGAGAGAUCUAGCUGUGUGGGCAUGUUGCUAAGCUAGUUAUGUAUGGGUGUAUGUGAUUUUUUAGGACUGUAUAUAAUCGAAUAGUUUGUAAUUUAAGCAAGAAAACACACACUUGCCUCCUUGAACUGGCAA